UGACCCACUUUGACGACCGGUCCCGGUGGAUCGUGAAAGGAUAACAAGAGUACCUGUUAAAAAAGGGCGGGGUCACACGUACCCGGAAGCAAAACGCAAGCAGAGCCUGGAGGAGCGCUGCAACCGCAUCUUGAGGAACAUGGAAGCCUCCCUCACAGCCCGGGACCGCGUGGGGAUCCAGGAUUUUGUUUUGUUGGACGCCUACACCAGCGAGAGCGCCUUCCUGGACAACCUGAGGAAACGCUUCCAGGAGAAUCUCAUUUAUACCUACAUCGGCACGCUGCUGGUCUCGCUCAACCCGUACAAGGAGUUGGACAUCUACAGCAAGAAGCAAAUGGACACCUACAUGGGCGUCAACUUCUUUGAGCUCCCGCCUCACAUCUACGCGCUGGCCGACAACGUGUUCCGCACCAUGAUGUCGGAGUCCAACAACCACUUCAUCCUGAUUUCGGGCGAGAGCGGCAGCGGCAAGACGGAGGCCUCCAAGAAAAUUCUCCAUUUCUACGCCGUCAGCUGUCCCAGCAGCAAAAUCCUCAACGUCAGAGACCGGUUGCUGUUGUCCAACCCGGUUCUGGAGGCUUUCGGGAACGCCAAGACCCUGAAGAACGACAACUCCAGCCGCUUUGGGAAGUACAUGGACAUCCAGUUUGAUCACCAGGGCGGGGCAGCCGGCGGCCAUAUUCUCAGCUACCUGCUGGAGAAGUCCCGUGUGGUCCAUCAGAACCGCGGCGAGCGAAACUUUCACAUCUUCUACCAGAUGCUGGAAAGCGGCGACCAGGAGCUGCUGCGCUGGCUGGGCCUGGAGAACAACUGCCAGCAUUACAACUACCUGGUUCAGGGCAAUUGUGCCAAAGUUCGCUCCAUCGACGACAAAAGCGACUGGAAGACGGUGCGCAAAGCUCUCGCAGUCAUUGACUUCAGCCAGAGCGAGACCGAGCACCUGUUUGGAAUCAUCGGCAGCGUGCUCCACUUGGGUAACAUCACGUUUGAGGCGGACGCUAGCGGCUACGCCGGCCUCCGCAAUGGCCGCCAACUGCACUGGCUGUCCAAGUUACUCGGGAUUCCCGCUCAGGUGCUCCAACAGGGCUUGACCCACCGCAAGAUUGAAACCAAAACAGACGAGGUGUUUAGUCCCCUGUCGGUGGAGCACGCCGUCUAUGCCAGGGACGCCCUGGCCAAAGCCGUCUACGGACGCACCUUCAACUGGCUGGUCAACAAGAUCAACGAGUCGUUAGCUAACACGGAUUCCUCCAGGAAGACUGUGAUUGGGCUUCUGGACAUUUAUGGAUUUGAGGUUUUCACUCUCAACAGUUUUGAGCAGUUUUGCAUCAACUACUGCAACGAGAAGCUGCAGCAGCUCUUCAUCCAGCUCACCCUCAAGUCGGAGCAGGACGAGUACGAGACGGAAGGCAUCGAGUGGGAGCCGGUGCCAUUUUUCAACAAUCAGAUCAUCUGUGACCUGGUGGAGGAGAAACACAGAGGAAUGAUCUCGUUAUUGGAUGAAGAAUGUUUACGUCCCGGAGAGGCCAGCGACCUCACGCUGUUGGAAAAGAUGGAGGACAAAAUUGGCGGCCAUCCUCAUUUUGUCACACACAAACUGGCCGACCAGAAAACCAGAAAAACUCUGGCCAGAGGAGACUUCCGCCUCCUGCACUACGCCGGAGAGGUCACGUAUGGCGUCGGAGGAUUUCUGGACAAAAACAACGACCUUCUGUACAGAAACGGAAAAGAGGUCAUGCAACAAUCCAAGAACGCCAUCAUCCAACACUGCUUCCCCCUCAGCGAGCCGGACCAAAAGAAGAGACCCGAAACCGUGGCGACUCAGUUCAAGAGCAGCCUGGCGGGCCUGACCGAGAUCCUGAGGAGCAAAGAGCCUUGGUACGUCCGAUGCGUCAAGCCCAAUGAAGCCAAAGAGCCAGGUCGCUUCGAUGACGCGCUGGUGAGACACCAGGUCAAGUACUUGGGUCUGAUGGAGCACCUGAGGGUGCGGCGGGCGGGCUUCGCCUACCGCCGCAAAUACGAGAUCUUCCUCCAGAGGUACAAGCCCCUCUGCCCGGACACCUGGCCCAAUUGGAGCGGCACGGCGGCCCAAGGCGUGAGAGUCCUCGUCCAGCACCUGCGAUACAAACCCGACGAGUACAAAAUGGGCCGGACCAAGAUCUUCAUCCGCCACCCGAGAACUCUGUUUGCCACCGAAGACGCUUUCCAAGUUUGCAAACACAAGCUCGCGACGACCAUCCAGGCCAAGUACAGAGGCUACCGAGUCAAAGGCGACUACCAGAAGCGAAAAGAAGCCGCCACCAAGAUCGAAAACUGCUGGCGAGGCCUGGCGGCCAGAAAGGAGCGACAACAGAGGGAAUGGGCCGUCGGGAUCAUCAAGAGGUUCAUCAAAGGCUUCAUGACCCGCCACCAACCGGGCGGCGCCGUCAACCGGGAGUACCUGGCGUACGUGAGGCACAACUACCUGACCCGGUUGAAGGAGAACCUCCCCGAGACGCUGCUGCGCGCGGACUCGUGGCUCACCCCCCCGCCCGUCAUGAAAGAGGCAUCGAUGUUCCUGAAGCAACUCUUCAUUCGCCACAUGGUGCGCAAAUACGUGCGAGGGAUUUCCCAGGAGAGGAAGGCGCAGCUGGUGCUGAAAGCGCAGACCAGCUCCAUGUUCAAGGGCAGGAAGGAGAACUACCCGCUGAGCGUGCGCUCACCUUUCCUCCACACCAGAAUAGACAUGAACGUGAAAGUGUUGCAGAUGAUGGAGCACGAGAACGUGAAGUACGGCGUCCCGGUGGUGAAGUACGACCGCAACGGCUUUCGACCUCGUCCUCGCCAGCUGGUCUUCGCCAGAGAAGCCGCCUACCUGCUGGACCGGGCCAAGAUCAAGCAGAGGAUCCGUUACGGCUCGCUGAAAGGAGUUUCCGUGAGCAACCUGAGCGACAAUGUCCUGAUUCUGCACGUCACCUGCGAUGACAUCAAGCAGAAGGGGGAUCUCGUUCUGCAGUGCGACUUCCUGUUCGAAGCCCUCGCCAAGCUGAACGCCAUCGUCGACAAGCGGGACUUCAUCCGGGUGGUCCAGGGCAGCGUGCGAUUUGACAUCCAGCAUGGCAGAGAAGGCUUCGUCGAUUUCAGGAGCGGUCACGAGUCGGCGGUCUACCGAGCCAAAAACGGACAUUUGACUGUGGAAUCCACGAGCGCCAAAUCCAGAUGAUUUGGGACGACGUCGCCCCCUGCCGGCAGAUUUUGCAAACAGCCACGCUCACUCAAGAAACUUUUUUUCUUUUUUUUACUUUUUGCCACUUAAUCUCAUCCAACAGCAUAUUAACUGUUAAUGCCAAUAUUUCACUCGAGGAUUGAG